AGAGAGUUGAGAUAGAAUGCCGAAUAGUAUUUCAAGUUUCCAUCCACCGAUGGCAAUUGGUGGUAACAAAAGCAUCAACAGUCUAAAGGAAGAAAACCCAUAAUCUAAUUCUACUAGAGGAAGAAAUAAAGAGAGUAAGAAAUGAGAAGAGGAAGGAGGGAUGGAAGGUGAAGAGGAAGGAUGGAUAAUGCUGAGCAAGAGAUUUUCAGACAAAGGAGGCGGAGGAGGAGAGGAGUUGGGGAGGUUGAUUACAAGAAUAAGUCAGGCACGGCGUGGAGCCACUCAUAACUGAAUCAUAAGCCAUGGCACCUUCUCUCUUACCCCAAUCAGUGUCGCAAGUGGAUCGCAGAGCAGAUCCAGGCGCAGCGUCAGCGUCGUACCGAGGAGGUCUCCCACGAGGCACGUACUGCACUACCCCGACCCCCACUACCAACCUUUUGAUUUAUGCCCAAGAGCAGGAAUUCUUUCUGCAGGCCACUCUCGUCUCCAAGAAAGACAAGGAAAAGAUUGAGAUUAUGAAAGCUGUUAGCUUUAUGUAUGUUCGGCUGCCUGGUUACAAUGCCGAAAGUGCCAAAGCUGCAGAGAUUGCUGAUGAGAGUGCAAAAGAGCACCCACAAACACAAACACAAACUCUAACAGAUGCUACUGCUACUUCCACUUCAAGCCAACGCCCACCCGAGUCUAUGCCUCCAAGCGCUGAACAUGCCAAGAAAUCACGGCCCAAAAAUGUGUUUGGUUGUCCUUUACCAACCGAACAAGAAUUUGAAGUUUUGAAAAUUGCUCCAAGGCUCUUGCAGGCGAGGACUUUGAGCUAUUGGAGCAGAACGCAUCUUUGUGCCAUUUGAGACUUGUCACGACUUCGUGCCAUUUGAUAUUUGAUACGGAUUCGUGCCAUUUGGGAUUCGAUACGGCUUCGUACCAUUUGAGAUUUGAUAGAGCUUCAUGCCAUUUUAAUUUUGAUACAGCUUCGUGUCAUUGGAUAUUUGAUACGGCUUCGUGUCAUUGGAUAUUUGAUACGGCUUCGUGCCAUUUGGGAUU